UAUGGCAACAAAGUAAAAACCAAUAAUCAUAGAAUCAGGAUAUGCUUACACCAAGACAUAUAUUGCAAAUCUUAAAUGUUAGGAUAACAGCUCAUACGUUUUGGGAUACAUUAAUUAUGAUACUCCAUAAUAAUAAACAUGUGCUGUGAAAAUUAAUGAUUUAAAUUAAGAGGUAAUAGACAAUUUAUUAAAAAUAGGAAACUAGAAGUACUGCUUAGAGGGAGAAGGACGUACUGAUGAGAGUAUCUCAUAAGAAUAUUGCCUAAACAUACAAAAUUAUAGAGAAAGAUGAUAAGAUGUACAUCUUUAAGGAAUAUGAUGAAUAAAUAACUUUAAAAACUAUUCUUACAAAAUUUAAGAACUCAUCAGUUGAUGAAAGUAUGAAAUUAGAAAAUAAAUAAUAGGGGAUGUAUUAAAUUUAGCAAUUUAAUUAAUCCAUUGUCUUAAUUACAUGGAAUCAUAGUCUUUGACUAAUAGAGAUUUGAAUCCUGCAAAUAUUUUGUUUAAUAAAGAAAAAGUAUACAAAAUCUUUGAUUUCGGAUCAUCGAAAAUUAUAGAAGAUGAUAACAAACAAAUAUUACAAUCUAUGGCUGUUGGUUUUAAUGAGGUAUUAAAUUUAAUAAGAUUUAUAGUUUUUUAUGAGUCCUUAAAUGUUGGGAAUUGAUGAUUAAGAAAUUAAUUAUUACAAAAGUGAUAUUUGGAGUUUGGGAAUGAUUUUAUAUUAUUUUGGUGAAAAUUAAUAUCCAUGGAGAAAAGAUAUUUAAAAUAAUAAUUUAGAUGAAGAAAUUGAAAAGAUGAAGGAUCGUCCACUUGUAUUCUAAAGAAUCAAAAAUACUCAAUUAUAAAAUUUGAUUAGAAAAAUGCUUACUUAUGAAUAAGAUAAGAGACCAUAUGCUAAAUAAUUAAUUGAAGAUAAGUACAUUUAAAGUUAAUUAGCAUAAUAAAAUCCAUAAGUAUAAUUGAUUUUCAAUAAUAAUUUAGGAAGCAAAAUUAGAAUUAUUAAGUGGGGUGGUUUAGAAAUUAAAUGGAAUGAGAAAAAAAUAUGAACUUGAUGAAACAUAUGAAGAAUUAAUUUUCAAUCUUAUAAUAAGAUUUUUUACUGAAAAUAAGAAAUUUAUAAAUAAGGGAUCUUAAAUUUAUUAAUCUUAUCAUAACUUAUUGGAUUAUCAAAUGUUUAAUAAAAAAGAAUUAUGGUUGAAUUUUAAGAUUUAAUACAACACUAAGAGAUAGCUAAUGAAUUAUGUUUAUGAAUAUAAAAGACAAUUAAAGUUAAAUUCUUAUUAAUAAUAAGAAUUAUUACUAUUAUUAUAGACUAUUGAUUGUUAAAAGACAUUCCCUGAUAAUACAUAAUAAUUGAUUGAAAUAGUUGAAAAACAAUAUUUAGUAGAUUGA